UUGCCAACCGGCGCUAGGCGAGAUAUAAUGCGAAUUUUGGUGAAACUAUGGCAUUGAAACCCCCGAAAACGUGUGCCGUUUCUGUGUAUAAUCGGUUGUCGACUGACAGCAACCUCCGAGUAAUUAUUUUGAGAGGUCAGAGUGCCGAACGAUGCUAGCCAGUUAGCCCGGGGUUGUUGCUAACUGGCUAAGGAAGUGAGCCAGUUAGCUAGCAAGCCGCGUCAGCUUGCCGGAGGCUGAUUUCUUGUUUCGCGCAUUUCAAGCCUGUUCAACGACCUCUAAGUGUUUAACCGGCACCUUAAACGAUAACAUUGUAUUGCAGCUUCAUCAAUGUGAAAUGCAAAAGAUGGAAACCUCCGUUAUCCGCUUUUAACGUGGAGAGUCAACAGUGUUUCGCCUAAGCUCGGGUGGUUUUCUGCAAACGCUGCUCUUUUGUUUUGACAAAGGAAGAGGAUCUCAGUUUAUUUUUUAACGCCAAUUCACAUCUGGUGGUGGGGUAGUUUCUUUGGGUAUUUUUUGUUGUUUUAGUUAGCAAUGGCGCCACAGAAGCAGAGCUCCUCAGGUGGAAGCCAUCCGGUGGGUUCAGGAGGAAAAGCCAACGGGUUAUACCAGUCCUCCUCUGCGAUGGCAGCAGCCAAGAAGCCCAACAUGCAACUCAUUCAAGCCGACCACGAGUUGUUCCUACAGGCCUUCGAGAAGCCCACCCAAAUCUACAGGUUCCUGCGCACUAGGAAUUUGAUUGCUCCUAUAUUCUUGCACAGGACACUCACCUAUAUGUCGCACAGAAACUCAAGGAAUAACACCAAAAGGAAAAGCUCCAAGGUUGACAAUCUGUUGUUCAAAGUGGAAAAGAUGAGAGGCGAACAGCAGGGUCACAGCUUGGCCUCUAAUCUGCAGCUCACCUUUACUGGCUUCUUUCAUAAAGCUGGGAAGCCGUCUCAGGACAGUGAGAAUGAGCAGAACUCUGUCUCUCUGGAGGUGCUGCUGGUCAAAGUCUGUCACAAGAAGAGGAAGGAUGUGAGUUGUCCGGUGAGGCAGGUCCCUACAGGGAAGAAGCAGGUUCCUCUCAACCCAGACACGAGCGCUGGAGUCCAGGCCAAGCCGGGCUCCUUCCCCUCCCUGCUGGUUCCCAGCAGCGAGUUUGAACCCAGCAACUCUCACAUGGUCAAGUCCUACUCGCUGCUCUUUAGAGUGUCAAGGCCCGGAUACUCUCGAACACAGAUCAAUGGCCUGGCCAACGGAGAGAACCACCACAACCGAGAUUUUACAGAGGAAGUGGUAAACAGGAAGAGGAGGAGCUCCUCUCACCGGGAGGAGGGAGAAACCACAUUUGUGGCUCAGAUGACUGUCUUUGAUAAAAACAGGCGUCUGCAGCUGCUCGAUGGAGAGUAUGAGGUGUCUAUGCAAGAGAUGGAAGAGUGUCCGGUCAAUAAGAAGAGGGCAACCUGGGAGACCAUCCUGGACGGAAAGUGUCUUCCACCAUUUGAGAAUUUCUCUCAGGGACCCACCCUGCAGUUCACCCUGCGCUGGACCAGCGAUUCCUGUGAUCGUUCCACAGCACCUGUGGCUAAACCUCUGGCCACCCGCAACUCCGAGACCAACCAGGACACCAGACCAAGCACCCUGAGAGCCACACACACUCUGGCUGUUAAAGAAUCAAUAAAUGCUGAUGUUCAAACCAGAAGAGAACAAAUCUCAGCUGAGCCCCGACAGAAGCUACGCAUCUUUUACCAGUUCCAGUACAACAACAACACUCGGCAGCAGACGGAGGCUAGAGAUGACCUCCACUGUCCCUGGUGUACCCUCAACUGCAGGAAGCUCUACAGUCUGAUCAAACACCUCAAACUGUCUCACUCCCGCUUCAUCUUCAACUACGUGCCUCAUCCUAAAGGAGCAAAGAUCGAGGUCUCCAUCAACGAGUGUUACGAUGGUUCGUAUGCAGGGAACCCUCAGGACAUCCACAGUCAGCCGGGCUUCGCCUUCAGCAGGAACGGCCCAGUCAAGAGGACCGCCGUCACCCACGUUGUCGUCUGCAGACCCAAGAGGACAAAGGCAAGUCUGUCUGAGUUCCUGGAGCCUGAGGAAGGUGAUCAGGAGCAGCCGAUCAUCAGCGGACACAACCGUCUCUACUUCCAUAGCGACAGCUGCGUGCCACUCCGGCCUCAGGAGAUGGAAGUGGACAGCGAGGACGAGAGGGACCCCGACUGGCUCAAAGAGAAGACAGCUAAGCAAAUUGAGGAGUUCACUGAUGUCAACGAGGGGGAGAAGGAGAUCAUGAAGCUCUGGAACCUCCAUGUCAUGAAGCACGGCUUCAUAGCCGACAACCAGAUGAACAAGUCCUGCCUGCUGUUUGCCAAUCACCACGGCCUCCACAUCGUCAAAAACAACCUCUGUCGGAACUUCCUGCUGCACCUGAUCAGCAUGCACGACUUCAACCUGAUCACCACGCAGACCAUCGACCAGGCCAUGGCCCGCCUCCGCCUGCUGCAGAGCCAAAACGCUCACAGGGACAAAGACAGGGUGGAGGAGGAGGAGGAGGAGGAAGAGGAGGACUGGGAGACGGCCGUGGAGUCCCAACCAGAGCUGGAUCCAGAUCCCGAUCUGGAUCCAUCCGAGUGUACGCCCUGUAACGAUGAGACUAGCUACAGUAGCAUUGUGGAGAAUGGAAACCAGCAGCAGCAGAAGGAGGAGCUGUGACAGAAAGGCUGACCACACAGCAGAAACUUUUCAGCUGUUUUAAACUGAAUUUAAAAUCGAGCAGAGCAAAAAUCCCCAAAAAGAUAAUGACGGCUAGAACUUGAAAAAAGGGAGACAGACAAACAGGUGUUCAAACACGCACAGGUUACUGCAGGGAAUAUGUUUUCUAAGGCAGGUUACAUCAGAAACAAUGAACUUUUUAGCACGAGUCAUUUGUUUUUCACACAUUUCUGUCAAAGAUGUGCACAGGUUCACAGGUAUUUAACAUUUCAGUACUUCAGAAAAGUGAGGAGUUAGGAAAAACUUGAAGCCAAGAGUCAUUAUUUUCUUAUUGUACGUCAUGUCUACCAUAGAUGUGACAGGAUGUAUGACAUCUACAAUUUGGUUUUUAUGUCCAUCUUGACCUGCAGUUUGAUGAACAGUCAGAUUUGUUUUGUGCUCACUCCAUUGUUUAGUUUACAAACUUAAGAUUAUUUUCUUUUGUCUUCCUUGUUUGGAAGCACAAAUCACUGACUUUCCAGCCAACUUCAGCUCCACCAAAGGUUAUCUUUCGUACUGAGUGUAUUUUCUUUCACAUCAGUGUCACAGCCAUGGGUCAAAGAUGUUCAAUCAGGUCUCUAAUCAAGUGUCCAGGACUCUUAACGAUUGUCAUCCACUCUCUGUUUCUUAUCAAGUCUUGAGGAUUUGAUGAGGAGGUUAUGUGUCCAGGUGUCUCAUACAGUUUCCACGACACCAGUUGGUGCUCUGGGUGUCUAAUCAGGUUUCUGAUUAGGUCUUCAGGUCUCUAGUAAGGCAUCCGUGUCUCUGAUCUGCUUACCAGGUGUGUUAUCAAGUCUCUCUGAUAGGUUUGGGUGGUAUUUCAUACCUUCAUACCUUCCUGAAAUUUCACUGGUAUACAGUAUGUUAUGGUGUAUGAUGGUAUAAGAUGGUAUAAAAUCCCCCAAGUGUGAGAGCGCUACUUACUUUCAGCCUUUCAGGCUAAUAAAUACACAAUAGAAAACCAUAAAAUGUUAUGAAAGUAAUAUUCCCACACUUAUAUGCAACUGUACACCUUUUGAAUUCAACUCUCUCUCAGUCACAGAAGACUGAUGAGGCUUAAUCACCUCAUUAACU